UGCGCGCGUGUGUAUGUGAGUGUGUGUGUCCGUCUGUCCGUGUGACUCGUAAUAUGUGUCAAGAGAUUGAGUGGAGACUUCUCUAUUCAGGUGACUGACGCUAAUGUGUUUAACAACACGCAAGAACGACAUCUGUCGAAGUAACAAGUUUUUGUAUCUGAAUCCCACAACAUAAUAACAGGACUCAUGCGAAAGUAGUGGAUUUGUUUGGAAUAAAACGAAGAUUUAUCAAGUGAACUUCUGUCAAGAGGGGAAGUAAGCCGGACAACUCAGAAGAGGAUAUUUAUUUUCGGGAAAUCGUAAUAUGAAAAAGGAGCAGACCGAGAUAUUAGGUUUUGUCCCUCAGAAAGAGAUCGUCUACAACAAACUUCUCCCGUACGCAGUUAAACUUGAUCGCGAAUCCAAUGUCAUUUUGGCCCAGAUUAAAGGGAAUUUGGGUCGAGCUGUCCAGCUCCGAGAGUUAUGGCCUGGAGUUUUAUUUUGGACCAGGAAACUCUCCACGUACCUGCGUCUGUAUGGAAGAAAGUUCAGCAAGGAGGACCAUGUGCUCUUCAUCAAGCUUCUGUACGAGCUGGUCACUAUCCCCAAGCUGGAGAUCAGCAUGAUGCAGAGCUUUGCACGACUCCUCGUCAACCUAUUGAAGAAGAAAGAACUGCUUUCCCGGGAUGAUUUGGAGUUACCUUGGAGGCCUUUGUACGAUCUCUAUGAAAGUAUCCUCUACUCCAAAACUGAGCAUCUGGGUCUUAACUGGUUCCCCAAUUAUCGAGCAGAAGCCUCAACAAAACAAAAAAUGCUUAAUUUUGUGCGCAAGCGCUCAGUGGAGAACGUGUUGAAGACACUAGUCAAGAGCUGUAGACUUUAUUUCCCUGAGUCUGCCACACAGGAGAUGCUCGAUGAGUGGCGGCCGUUACUGUGUCCAUUUGAUGUCACUAUGCAGAAGGCCUUCAGCUACUUUGAGCUGUUUCUGCCCACCAUUAUGCCCCCAGAACAGCACCACAAAGGCUUCAAGUUAUGGUUUGAUGAACUGAUGGAUCUCUGGGUCUCAGUGCAAAACUUACCUGCUUGGGAGGGUAAUCUAGUGAAUCUUUUUGCACGUCUGGCUAAUGACAACAUUGGCUAUGUGAACUGGAAUCCAUACAUUCCCAAGAUCUUCACCAGGAUCCUGCGUAGUUUCAAUCUCCCUGUUGGCACCAGCCAAAUGGUAGUUCCCAGGUACUUGACCAACUCCUAUGAUAUUGGUCAUGUAGUCCUCUGGAUUUCUUCUAUGCUUGUAAGUAUUAUAAGUCACACUCCUAUUAAAGCUUCAUUAUUAUUCAUAAGGUUGCAUUUGUUUACAGAUGUAUUUGUAUCUGUAUUUUUUUUAAAUAAUAUUCUUCAAUAUCUCUAUCAGGGCGGCCUACAGAAUCAGGCCCAGGAACAGCUUAAUGGACUCUUCAGCAGCAUAGCAUCCUUCUACCAUCCCUCCAACAAUGGACGCUGGCUGAUGAAGCUGAUGAAGCUCCUGCAGCGUCUCCCUGCCAGCGUGGUUCGACGGCUGCAUCGGGAGCGCUAUAAGAAACCCUGCUGGAUAACACCGGUUCCUGCCAGUCACAAACUCACUGACCAGGAUGUGACGGACUUUGUGGAAAGCAUGAAGCAGCCAGUGCUGAUGGCCAUGUUCAGCAAAACAGGCAGCAUGGAUGCAGCCCAGGCCCUGCAGAACCUUGCACUGAUGAGGCCAGAGUUGGUCAUCCCACCUGUGCUGGAGAAGACGUAUCCUGCUAUGGAGACACUGACGGAGCCACACCAGCUUACUGCCACUCUCAGCUGCAUGAUUGGCAUGGCACGCAGUCUUCUCAGCGGCGGCCGGCAUUAUCCAGAAGGGCCUGCGCACGUCCUUCCCUUGCUUAUGCGAGCACUGCCUGGUGUUGACCCCAAUGACUUCAGCAAAUGCAUGAUCACGUUCCAGUUCAUUGCUACUUUCGCUACUCUAGUGCCUUUAGUGGACUGUUCAUCAGCCCUCCAUGAGAAGAAUGACUUGACAGAGAUAGAAAGAGAGUUGUGUUCAGCUUCUGCAGAGUUUGAGGACUUUGUUCUACAGUUUAUGGACAGGUGUUUUGCAUUGAUUGACAGCAGCACACUGGAGCAGACACGCGAGGAGACUGAGACGGAGAAGAUGACUCAUUUAGAGAGCCUAGUGGAGCUGGGCCUUUCAUCCACCUUCAGCACCAUUCUGACACAGUGCUCCAUGGAGAUCUUUAAGGUGGCUCUCGAGAAAGUCUUCAACUUUGCCACCACUAACAUCUUUGAGACUCGAGUUGCAGGCAGAAUGGUGGCAGACAUGUGCAGAGCGGCUGCUAAGUGUCACCCUGCUGAGUCUCUCAGACUGUUUGUACCACACUGCUGCUACGCCAUUACUCACCUUACUGCCAAUGAGGAUGUUUCGAAUGAGGAAGAGCUGGAUAAAGAACUGCUAUGGAACCUUCAGCUGCUGUCUGAGGUGACUCGUGUGGAUGGAGAAAAGCUCCUCCCAUACCGCACACAGCUGGUGCAGAUUCUGCAGCUGACCCUGCGGCUGCGUUGUAAGCAGGGCUACACUCUGGCCUGCAACCUGCUGCACCACAUCCUGCGCUCCACAGCACUCACCUACCCCACCGACUACUGCAGUGUGCCUGGCGGCUUCAGAAGAUCGCUGCAAGAGUACCUGCCAAUAAAGGACUGGGGUCGUCCAGGGGACCUGUGGAACCUGGAGAUCCAGUGGCAUGUGCCCAGUGCAGAGGAGACUGCUUUCGUGUUCUACAUUCUAGAUUUGUUGCUGCAGCCAGAGCUCCAGCGCCUGCAGAUAUAUGCAAAGGGAGAGCAGGACAUGAGCAGAGAUGAUGUUCUUCAGAGUCUAUGUAUAGUCCAGCACUGUUUGUUGGGAGCUGGCAGCAUGCUCCCCCCUCUUGAUGGACCCACAGUCACCGGCCUUGUACCCAGCAUGGUUAGUCUGGAGGAAUCAAAGCUGUACAUUGGGGUUGACUAUGAUGAGUCCAGAGAGAACUACCGUGAGGCCAUCUGCAAAGUGAUGAGACAAUUGCUUCAUUACAUUCUUGAACGGUCAGAGGAUGACACCAAAUCCCUCUUCUCCAUUAUCAAGAUCAUCAGUGACUUGAUGCACUUCAAAGGAUCCCACAAACACGAGUUUGACUCUCAUUGGAAGAGUUUCACACUAGUGAAGAAGUCUAUGGAGAACCGGCUUCAUGGGAAGAAACAGCACAUUCGAGCGCUUCUUAUUGACAGAGUUCUUCUUCAGCAUGAGAUGCGCAAGUUGUUAUUAGAAGGUUGUGAAUACAAGACUGUUCAUCAGGACCUGCUGAGGGACCUUCUGCGUCUCUCCACCAGCACCUACAGCCAGGUUCGCAGCAAGGCCCAAAAUGUGUUGUUCACAGCGCUGGGGACCUAUAACUUCUGCUGCAGAGACAUUACUCCACUUGUCCUGGAGCUGUUGGAGCCCACACGGACUGAUGUCACCCAGCAACAGUUCAAGGGGGCACUGUACUGCUUGCUUGGGAACCAUUCUGGAGUGUGUCUUGCUAACCUACAUGACUGGGACUGCAUUGCUCAGACGUGGCCGGCCAUAGUGCACUCUGGCCUCAGUUCAGCAAUGUCUCUGGAGAAACCAUCCAUUGUCAGACUUUUCGAUGACCUCGCAGACAAAGUCCAUCGGCAAUACGAGACCAUCGGCAUUGAUUUCACUGUACCUGAGAGUGCUGCGUUACUGGGCCGGAGCAUCACAGAAUCAGGCCAACCCACUCCACACAUGGGCACCCCCACAGAUCAGGAGCUGGAUCAGGGACUGGCACUUCAAAAAGACAAAAACCAGGAGGCAGAGCAGAAAUAUGAAAAGCUUGUGAGAGAUCUGUUGGAAUGUCUUGAUGACAGGGACUUGCCUUGGAAGUUUGAGCACAUUGCUAUUGGUUUUCUGUCUCUACUGCUAAGAGAUGACCAUCCUCUCCCUGCCCCUGCUGUGCUCCUCUUUGUACAGAGCCUCAACCAUGAUGCACUUGUCGUUCGCAAGAUGGCGAUCGCCGCUGUGGCAGGCAUACUGAAACAGCUGAAAAGACCGCGCAAGAAAGUACCCAUUAAUCCCUGCAAUAUAAGUGGGGUAACUGAGCCGGAGGGACUGGUGGCAGGAGACAGGCCAGGGAACGACUGGCUGCAGUACCACGACGACAGCCUGCCUCGCACCCAGCAAGACUGGGACAGUUACUGCUUUGUAGAAAAGACACAUUGGGGCUACUACUGUUGGCCAAAAAAAUUGAUAAUUUAUGCCCCACAAGAGGAGCAGCCCAAGGAUCUUGCCCCUGAGAACAUGAGUGAGAGGGAGCGCAUAAUCUAUGACCAUUUCACAGACCCCAUGUUCAUCAAUCAGCUCAUCGAGUUCUUGUCUCUCGAGGACCGAAAGGGCAAAGACAAGUUCAAUCCUCGUCGCUUCUGUCUCUUCAAGGGACUUUUCCGGAACUACAGUGAUGCCUUCCUGCCUGCUCUAAAGCCUCAUAUGGAGCGGCUGGCAGAUGACUCUCAUGAGAGCACCCAGCGCUGUGUGGCUGAGAUCAUUGCAGGUCUGGUUAGAGGCAGCAAGCACUGGAGCUUCAGCAAGGUGGAAGCACUAUGGCAGUUCUUGAUUCCUUUGAUGCGAACAGCAUUGUCCAACAUCACUGUUGAAACCUACGCUGACUGGGGAACCUGUGUGGCAACUGCAUGUGAGAGUAGAGACCCACGAAAGCUUCACUGGCUUCUUGAAAUGCUAAUGGAAUGUCCUUUGAGUGGUGAAGGAGGAUCCUUUGUAGAUGCCUGUCACCUUUAUGUGCUGCAGGGUGGUCUGGCACAGCAGGAAUGGAGGGUCCCAGAGCUACUGCACAGACUGCUGAGUUACCUGGAGCCCAAACUCACUCAGGUUUAUAAGAACGUGAGAGAGCGUAUCGGCAGUGUGCUGACAUACAUUUUCAUGAUUGAUGUUACCCUGCCAUACACUCAGCCUACGAAGUCCCCCCACAUUGCUGAGUUUACUGAGAGGAUUCUGUCUCAGCUAAAGCCUCUGUUUGAGGGAGAGGAGGAGAUUCAGAACCACGUGGUGGAGGAGAAUGGAGUGGGAGAGCAGGACGAGAGGACCCAGGCCAUCAAACUUCUCAAAACAGUUCUGAAGUGGCAGAUGGCCAGUGCGGGGCGCUCCUUCUCCACUCCAGUACCUCAGCAACUACAGCUGCUGCCUCUGCUCUUUAAGAUCGCUCCUGUAGAAAACGAUGACAGCUAUGAUGAGCUAAAGAGAGACGCAAAGACAUGUCUGUCCCUUAUGUCUCAGGGGCUUCUCUAUCCUGAGCAGAUCCCUCCAGUACUUGGUGUGCUACAUGAGAUUGCUGGCAGCAGCUCCUGGCAUGCACGAUAUUCAGUGCUGACAUAUCUACAGAUAAUGGUGUUCUAUAACCUGUUCACCAUACUGAGCACCAAUCAGGCUGUUCAGGACGUAAGAGCACUGGUCAUCCGGCUACUGGAGGAUGAACAACUGGAGGUGAGGGAGAUGGCUGCGACCACUCUCAGUGGCUUCCUGCAGUGCAACUUCUUGAGCAUGGAUGCCUCUAUGCAGACUCACUUUGAGGCUCUAUGCAAAACCAGACUGCCCAAAAAGAGGAAAAGAGAACUGGGCUCUGUGGUGGACACCAUCCCUUCAGUUGAUCUAGUACGGCGUCAUGCAGGAGUGCUGGGACUCAGUGCUUGCAUCUUAUCCAGUCCGUAUGAUGUCCCUACGUGGAUGCCUCAGCUCCUCAUGGAUCUAAGUGCACACCUCAACGACACACAGCCUAUCGAGAUGACAGUGAAAAAGACUUUGUCUAAUUUCCGCCGUACUCAUCACGACAACUGGCUGGAGCACAAGCAGCAGUUCACGGACGACCAGCUCGUGGUGCUCACAGACCUUCUUGUGUCACCCUGCUACUAUGCAUAGAUGGGUUGUGACAAUGUUGCUGCAGGUUUUAGUUUGUUCAUUUUUUUUUAUUUUAUUUUAUAAUCAAGCGAAUAAAAUGUAAUGCAUUCAUGAGGAUGUCAUGGGAGGACAAGAGGAACAAAUAUGCUCUGUUCAGCUCAGGCAACAGCAUCUACAGCAGAGACUCUCGAACUCAGACCCAAGAGCCCAGUAAACCAGGAGCACAUGAGGAGAUGAGAGGAGGAGGAAUAUGUAGGAAUCGUUUGGAGUACAGAGACGUGGGAUGAGUGAUUAAUGACCUAUAAAUGUACUCUGUAUGUACUGUUUGUAUGUAUAUAUCUAGCCCAUAUUUUUGCAUUUGAAUUAUACUUAAUAUUUAAGGUUUACCAGUGCAGGGAUGUAUGGCCUGCAGUCUGUAAUAUUAUUGUACAGAUAGAAUUUUUUUUUCUUAUCUUUAAUCCUGUGUGUUGACAUGGACUGUGUGAUGAAGGACUGAAUGCCCCACCCCCCCCCCCCCCCCCCCCCCAUUUCCAAGACUCAAGCCUCUCUUCCCCCAUCAUGCUCUCUGAACUGAGCUUCUGAAAAUUGGCUCCCCUAAAGCCAAAAAACUCAAUCCAUUUGAUAAAGAAUUGUAAAAUUUUCCACCUCCCAAACAUUUCAAAUAUCUUCAAGGAAUGUUCAGACACCAAAUUUGAUGAAACGAAAAAACCUCAUUGGCCUGCUAGGAUCUUUUGUUCCUAAAUUUGUACAGUAUAUUAAAAUCUUCAUGACAAUCUGAUGCGGCAUGCAAAAAAAUUAAGUGUUGCGAUGGUUGGUCAAAGCUAGACGCAUCAGGAACCUCAUACAAGAAUAUAUUUUGACUGAGCCUUUAUUAUUUACCAUUGUGAUAUGUGUUUGAAGGUAGCAGUUUGUGGUCUAGUGAGACACAGCCAUGUAUUGUUCCAUAGCACUCUGCUCACAUGCCAUCAUAACAGGGUUUUGUUGUGUGUCCUAUGUGUUUGUGUAUUUAUAUAUGUAUAUGUUUGUAUGUAUGUAUUUAUGCACUGUACAUAUGCAUUUAUCUGUGCAUAAACGACUGACAGUUCUGCUAGGGAUAACAGCCUGAUCUGAUUAAAUUUGAGGCCAGUUGGUGUGAGUGGUCUCGUACAAGUGUCUGUCUUGUCAUGGAGGGCAAUGAGAUACAUAUGCAUGUUGGUGUGAGUGAGCAUGUUUGUAGUCUACGAUGUUUCGAGCUGUUUCUUAUUGGCAUGCAACUGAGUAAUCUCACAGAAUCCUCCAUCACACACAUUUUUUUUCUGUCACCCUUUACUCCAGCCACAGAACUAUAUUAGACUGUCCUCUGAAUCAUACACACCACCAGAAAGGUCUUCAGGUUAUACCCUGGUUAGUUCUGUUCUACAUUUUGCAGUGUACAUAACAGAACCAUCCUUUAGCUUAGUGCCAAAACUGCAGUGAUUUUAAAUGAUUUUAUUUUAUUUUUAUUUUUUUUUAGAUGUUUGCUUUGUUUUAAUCAAAAGGCCAAUAAACAUUGUUUUUAAUUAAUCAAAA